AUGAGUGAAGCCGCUGUGCCCAGCGGCUUCCGCUGGCUUUGGUUGCAUGCAGUGCACACGAGCGAGAGCAGCAGAAGCUCCUCCUCUUCCGCCCCGGCGCCUUGGACGCUUCCCGCGUCGGAAGAGGCGGCAUUUAAGCUGCGAGGUCGGCAUGAAUGCUUGGCCAACCUUCUGCAGCGGGCAGCAUCAGGUAGCCCGCUGUCCACGGCACGGUCGGCUCCUGACGGCACGCCGGCAGAGGCUGGCUUUCCAGGAGCUUCGGAACAGGGCCCGGUGCUCUUCUUCUCCGAGGGCCGGCUGCAGGGUGCCAAUGCGGCCACAGGGGAGACCACGCUGUCCGUGCCCCUCCUCAUGGCCGAUUUAGUUCACGUAGCGGCAGCAAAAUCUGCUGAGUCGGAGCGAGCCUGGUAUCUGCUUGCCCUGGCACCGCGGCGGUGUCCUGAUAAACCUGUGGAGGGUGAGCCUCCAUCGACAGAAGCUGGCGACCUGGCGCCGCUCCAGGGCGUGUGGCUACUCUACACAGCGCCCGUUGACCACAGCGACUUCCUCAGACUCCUUUUCGAGUUCGGUAGCCGCGGUGCUCUGCGUUGGGAUCUGCACGAGUGCUACACUGUGACGGAUAAGUCUCUCGGUGUUGGCGGCUGCGGCACAGUCUACCUAGGGCAAUCCCGGAUGCGCCUCCCCACGCAGAAGGAUGCAGCGAAGGUCGAUAUCCCGGCCGUGCCUCAGGUGGCUGUGAAGAAGCUGAACAAGUCCGGUGGAGUUACAGAAGAGAUCAACAUCAGGAGCGAGAUCGAGUUCUUAGCAGUGGCUCGGGGUCAUCCCUGCAUCUCUGCCCUAUUUGGCGUCUUCUGCUUCAACGAACUGGGUUCUGCAGACACCAAGAGGGGCCACUCCAUUCGGUGGACGAUCGUCAUGCCUUUGUAUUCAGAGGGUGACCUGUUCGACUACCUUGCCGCCAACGGUGCCAUGAAAGAAACUGCAGCGGCUACGCUGAUGCUGUGCCUGCUGUCGGCGCUCACCCAUCUCCACCGCCUGGGCGUAGUUCACCGGGACGUGAAAGCUGAGAACAUCUUGCUGGCCAACAACAAGGCGGUUCUGUCCGACGUUGGCAUCGCGGCAUUCUUGAAGGAUGAAGAGGCCAUGCAGCGCAGAGUGGGAUCCCCUGGCUACGCUCCGCCCGAAGUGGUUACAGACCUCCCAUACGACGAGAAGGUCGACGUGUUUGGUGCUGGAGCCGUGCUGUAUUUUGCUUUGAGCAACACUCUCCCCUUCCCGGGGAAAACGCUCAAGAAGGUGCUGGAGCUGACGGCGCGAUGCAAGGUGAAGUACGACGCGGCUCUCUUUGGCGAUUUUUCUGGUAGUAUCAUCCAGCUGCUGAAAGCUUUGUUGCAGAAGGAUCCGUCGAAGCGGCCCUCGGCAAGGAAGUCCUUCAAGGCAUUAUGGACCAUGGCCAGCCAGAAACCUGAAAUCGCCAGAAGCAGUGUCGCUCGGAUCACCUGGCAGGCUGUAGAAGAUUUUGAGAGCUUGGCUUCCACUGGCCUGGAGUCGAUGAGAAGCAACGGCCACAAGCCCGAGAGGUUGGAGAAGAAGAUCAUGAGAACAACAUCAGACAGAGAAAACAAGACUGCUCCAACGCUGGAGGAAGAGCACCUGGGCCUGAAAAAUGAGCAUUUGUUUGCCCGCCACUUUCAGUGUAAGCUGAGAAGGGGUUUUGUGUGA